GCCAUUUCCAACUGAGGCAGAGUGCUUCAAGUUGUUUCUCACAGAGGAGCUGGUGGGAGAGAUAGUUGAGGAGACCAAUCGCUAUGCCUUAGAGCUACAGGAGAAGAGAGAGCCAGGAGUGAGGGGGAAACUCGCUAAAUGGGUGACAACCACAAUUAGUGAAAUGUAUACCUUCCUGGUGACAGUCCUUCUCAUGGGAAUAGUAAAGAAGAACUCCCUAAGAGAAUACUGGAGCACAGAUCCUAUGUUUGCAACUCCCUUCUUUGCCUCCCUCUUUUCCCAAGAUCGCUUCCUAGUUCUUCUGCGAUGCCUGCAUUUUGUCAACAAUGCUACUGCCAUCCUAAGUGACCCGUUAUACAAAAUAAGAAAUGUUCUUAUCAGCCUGACAUCAGCAUUUGGUCGGGUCUUUGUGCCAUACAAGGACCUAUGCAUUGAUGAGUCCCUGAUGUUAUGGAAAGGUAGGCUGGCGUUCCGUCAAUAUAUUCCCUCCAAAAGGCACAGGUUUGGAGUCAAGUUCUUUGUCAUGUGCGACGUGAAGACAGGAUUUGUCCAGGAUAUUAUAGUUUACACAGGGUCCACCACUGACAUCAAACAUUAUGAUGGGCUUGGGGUGUCAGGGUCCGUGGUGAUGACCAUGCUGGCUCCUCAUCUCGGCAAGGGACACACUUUGUACGUGGACAAUUGGUACAGCAGUCCCACACUCUUCCAGCAUCUGCUCUCCAACAGCACAGGGGCAUGUGGCACAGUCAGGUCGAACAGGAAGGGGAUGCCGGCAUUCGGAUGCAGGAAGAUGCAGAGAGGGGAGGUGGAGUUCCAAGAGAACGGUCAACAGCUGGCAGUAAAGUGGCAUGACAAGCGAGACGUCCAUGUCCUCUCCACUGUCCAUACAGCAACCAUGUCGGCCACAGGGAAGGUGGACCACCUGACCGGAGAGAGAAAGAUCAAACCAGAUUGUGUGCUUGAUUAUAACCUCAAAAUGGGGGCCGUGGAUAAGGCAGACAUGAUAAACAGCUUUGUGGAAUGCACACGGAAAACGAACAAGUGGUAUAAGAAGAUAUUUUUCCAUCUGAUCGACACUGCUGUCCUCAACGGCAGCAUAGUUCACCGCCAACUAACAGGUAAAGUAAUUACCUACCAAAAAUACAGAGAGAACCUCAUGAGAGAGCUGCUGGAGGAGCACCACACCCCUCGGCGCCCAUCCACUGGGGGUCGUCCUGCUGUAGACAAUCCCCUACGCCUCACUGCACGACAUUUUCCCUGCAAAGUCCCUCAAACUGCUUCUCAAGGUAGUCGCACACGGAGGCAUUGCAAAGUCUGCCUGUCUGGCGCCAGGAGAAGUAAGCAGAGGAAGAUGACAAAAUACAUGUGUCUAGCUUGUGAUACACCUCUAUGUAUUUCACCAUGCUUUGAGGAGUAUCACAUACUCAAGCAUUAUUGAGCACAUCUGCAGCAAUAGGUGACUGACUGACCUGACAUGUGACUUGACAGGUGACCAGCCAUGAUACUAUGCCUUAGAGAUGGGGGUGGAAAUGCAGUUGUUGUUCAGUCACUGCAUGGAUAUUAAAUAUGGGUUACGCAUAUUCAGUUUUUUGUCCUCUAGUAAAACAAGUUGUUGAAAUAACUACCAGUACUGCAAUAAAAUAGAUGAAUAUUACAUA